GCUGGCAGGGAAUCUGAGUGGUUCUGUUUUUGUCUUCACUCUCCUAGGUAACCUACAAUGGUUGAAGAAGAGAUUGCAGCGCUGGUGGUUGACAAUGGCUCUGGUAUGUGUAAAGCUGGCUUUGCAGGGGAUGAUGCUCCCCGGGCUGUGUUCCCUUCCAUCGUGGGGCGACCCAGGCACCAGGGGGUCAUGGUGGGGAUGGGCCACAAGGACAGCUAUGUGGGAGAUGAAGCCCAGAGCAAGCGAGGCAUUCUGACCCUGAAGUAUCCCAUUGAGCAUGGGAUUGUCACCAACUGGGAUGACAUGGAGAAGAUCUGGCAUCAUACCUUCUAUAAUGAGCUUCGUGUGGCCCCUGAGGAGCACCCAAUCCUGCUUACAGAGGCUCCCCUGAACCCAAAAGCUAACAGGGAGAAGAUGACUCAGAUUAUGUUUGAGACCUUCAAUGCCCCAGCUAUGUAUGUGGCUAUCCAGGCUGUGUUGUCCCUGUAUGCCUCUGGCCGUACCACUGGCAUUGUCAUGGACUCUGGGGAUGGCGUCACCCACACCGUGCCUAUCUACGAGGGCUAUGCCUUGCCACAUGCCAUCCUGCGUCUGGACUUGGCAGGCCGUGACCUGACUGACUACCUCAUGAAGAUCCUGACGGAGAGAGGCUAUAGCUUCACCACCACAGCUGAGAGGGAGAUUGUGAGGGACAUCAAGGAAAAGCUGUGCUAUGUGGCUAUGGACUUUGAUGUGGAGAUGACCACAGCUGCAUCCUCUUGCUCCCUAGAGAGGAGCUAUGAGCUGCCUGAUGGCCAAGUCAUCACUAUUGGGAAUGAGCGGUUCAGGUGUCCAGAGGCCAUGUUCCAGCCCUCCUUUCUAGGCAUGGAGUCCUGUGGCAUCCACGAGACCACUUUCAACUCCAUCAUGAAGUGUGACGUGGACAUCCGAAAAGACCUGUACGCCAACACAGUGCUGUCUGGGGGCACCACCAUGUACCCGGGCAUCGCUGACCGCAUGAGGAAGGAGAUCUGCACCUUGGCACCCGCCACCAUGAAAAUCAAGAUAGUUGCCCCACCAGAGCGUAAAUAUUCAGUCUGGAUUGGAGGAUCGAUCCUGGCUUCUCUGUCCACCUUCCAGCAGAUGUGGAUCAGCAAGGAGGAGUAUGAUGAAGCUGGCCCUGCUAUUGUCCACCGUAAAUGCUUCUAAAUAAGCUGCCUAAAAAUAUAUCUACAACACAUGUCGUCUAAAGACAAUCCUUUGUCCUCAGCUGCUGAGACUAGUAGUGGAGCUAUCUGGAUGUUGGCUUCAUAGAACCCAGUUCAGGGUCCUGCUUGUGCUGUCUACUACCUGGGACAACUUAUGUACCCUAAGUAAGGGGAAGGGGCUACAGUCUGGUGGCUCUUUGGGUAUCAAAAAGCAGCCAUGGGGGUGGAGGGUAGAUAUUCUAACUUUUUCCUCUUUAAACUAUGAAAGGCUCCCAAGUCUUGAGCUGGGUUUCAGGUGUCUGGGGAGGGUUUAUAGCUUGCACAGAGAAGCACUGGCUUGUCUCAGUGAAGUUCCAUGGAACUGAAGAGGUAAGCAUCCAGGAUGCUGAGUGGGAUGGGGAGGGAAAACCUAGGGAGGCUCAGGGUGACUUUGGCUGUGGCCUGAGUCCCAUGUCAUACCCUUGGGCAUUGUAUGCUAUGCUGUGAUGAUUCCAGCAACAAGGAAAUGGCUCUUGCAUAGCUGAGCCCCUUAUUCUCCUGUUAACUUCUCCAAGGGGAGGAGUGUUGUAGCCAACUUGUAGCUACCCUCUUCUUGGUCCUAAACAACCCCACCACCCCAUGCCUACUACUGUAAAUCUAAGUGGCAGAGCUGCCUCAGUAGUUGAAUACCAGUUUUUAGGCCCCCUCUCCUCUCCUACUGAUGGGGAUCAGCCGGUGAGGUCACUGCAUGCAUCUGAACAGAAGACCACCAUUAAUCUCAAUUUUUGUCAGGCUCUUAUUUGAGGACAGUUGAGAACAUCCACAGAUGAGAAGCCCAUUUCUACUUGUGUAUUAAUCAUGUAAUCAUCCUGUAAAUGCCUGCUGGUGGGAAUGAAAUUUGUUGCUGUUUAGCCAUUAAACAUUGUUUAACUUCUUCUUUCUUCACACUUCCCAUGUGGCUGGUCUAAAAGCGUUCAGUCCCUCUAGGUCUACAAAACUAACCUGCCUGCUGUGAACCAUGCCCCUUAUCUUUUUCAGGGGAAAACUGAUGGAUCCAUAGUGAUCCCUUUCAAAUACAGGAGUCCUGUCAAACCUGUAUUGGAACCACUUCCAGGAAUAAAAAUUCUGCUGGCUACUAAAGCUUGAGCACAUAACUUGCAGUGGUCUCCCUAGAAGGAGCCAAAUAGCA